AUGCUAAUUAAUGCUUUACAUAUACUAAUUUAAUUGAAAAAAUAAUUAAAAGAAAAAGAUAUAAAGAAUAUUUAAACAAUAUUAUAUAAAUAAAUCAAAAACCCAAGCUCAAAAUCAACAAAAUUCAAUUCUAAAAAUCUUAAAGUAGAUCAAAAUCCUAAUCAACAAAAAGGAGUAAAAAAUUUGGUUAAAAAAAUAAUUGACAAAAUGGAAGAUAAAUUGAUUGUAAAAGAUUUGAGCGAUCAAAAAAGCUAAAUUUCAUAGCUUUCAAAUGGCAAAAAGGUUGACCUUGAGAGCAAGUGGUUGCAUGCAUUGGUCCAUACUCUCACAAUGAGUGGUUAUUUCCAUGCAGUUGCUUUCAAUCUUUUAACUUAGCUCAUGGUUUAUGCAGAUACUGUUAAUCAUAUGUAUCUAUUUUGUUUAGGAACAGUAUUUGGACUAGGAAUGGCAUUUGGUUUGUCUUAAAAUAUGAAUAAACGUAAAAUUAUUGUCUUUGCUGACUUUGUUUAUGCUAUUGGUAUCGGUGCGGCAUUUUUAACAUAUAGCUAUUAUAUGAUAUGCUCUGUAUUCUUAGGACUUUCAGUCAGUGUAUGUAUCUUUGCAUUGCUUCUUGAUAUUAAGGAAUUUGUCCCUCACUCAAGCUACUUGGCUAAACACAUGAGUAUAUAUUAAGUUUAUUACUGCAUAGGUCUAUUAGUUAGUUAGUUAACAUAAAUUAAUCUUAAUAGCAUUUAUAACUCUUCAUCUGGUGCUUUUAAUGCUAAGGAAUUUGGCAAUGGAUAACUUGCUUUCUUAAUCGUAACACUUUGCUUAGUUGUAAUCAGAGGAAUAGUUUUGAUGACUGUAUUUAGAAUCUCUACUCCAUUUGAAAUCAUCAGAUUCUAAUAACCUAGAGAUAAAUUCCUUACAAGUGUUCAUAAGCUUUACAGUGUUCACGACGAGUAAUCUAUACGUUCCUAGGUUGUCUAGAAAUAUAACUAGUCAUACAUCAUGCCUGAAAAUAAAUCUAAUCCUAAAUUUUGGAAAGAGGUCUUUGAAGGCUUUUUACUUAAUUUCUUUGCAUAAACUUCUGGAUGUUAGAUAUUUAUGAAUACCCAAUAAAUAACUAUUGGUAAUGAAAAUUUAUAAAGCUUAUCAAAUUGGUUGCUUCUUGUGAUCGGUUUAUGUGGAUUAGUUGGAUCAGUCGUUGCUUUCUUUAUUGUUAAUAGAUAUACUCGUAUCAGAUGGGCUUAAAUAGGUUUGAUUUCUACAAUUAUUUGCUAAGGUUUGUUAGCUGUUUUCACUAAAAAUAAUAUUGAUACUUUUGGUAUUUUCUGUGCCUUCCACUUAUUAAUUAAUAUUUGCUUUUUAUAAGCUAUUUACUCUUUCUGUGCUUAGAAGUUCCUUGAAAAGGGUCUCGUCAUAUGUCAUUUUGGUUUAUGGCUUGGUUUCUUCGUUUCUAUCAUAGUAUUUUACUAUGGAUUUAUCUAAAUGGAUACUUACAGUCCAGUUAGUUUUAUUGUUUUCAGUGCUACUUCUUUUGUUGGUUUAGUGUUUAUCAGUUUUUAUGCUGAAGAACCAGCUGAAUGCCGCUAUCUUGAAUCUGAAUAGAAAAAAGUUCCUUUUGAACCUGAUAUUUCUGUUAACGGAGAUAAUAAGAGUUAACGUAGUGGAUUUUGA